AAAGAUUUGUAACAAAAUGAUACUGCCAAAUCACCAUUAAAGAAGUUCUGAAACAAAGCAAAUGGUAGCGAUCGGUUGAUUUUGAGAUCAACUUUUUCUCAGUAACUGGGAAUUAGGGUUUGUUAGGGUUUAUCAAGGGUACUUACAUAAUCACAAUGUCUUCAGAAAACCUAGCCCCUUCCGAUUCUCCACCAUCAAGCUCCAGUCUGAGAGCAUCAAAAGCCGCACUCAUCAAUCAAGUCGCCGCCACCGCUCAAUCCUUCAUCGCCACUCGCCGUCCCUGGAAACAACUCAUCGAAUUCCACGCUUUCAAACGCCCAUCCUCGUUCCGCGACGCUCUCUUCCGCAUCAAAUCCAACGCCCUCUACUUCCGCGUGAACUACGCAAUUAUCGUCGUCGCAUUUGUUCUCCUUAGCCUUUUAUGGGAGCCGUAUUCAUUGAUGGUGUUCAUGGUUCUGUUCGUCGCUUGGUUCUACCUCUACUUGUUCCGCGAGGAGCCAUUAGAGAUCUGCGGCCAUGUGUUGGAUGAACGCGUAACCCUGAUGGUGUUGUUUACUUUUACUGUCGUCGUUCUACUCGUGACCUCUGUGUGGUUGAAUUUGCUCGGUUCGAUCUUGUUGGCGGGUAUUAUAGUGGUAAUUCAUGGAGCGUUUAGGAGUACAGAUGAUAUUUAUGUGGAAGAGCCAGGAAUUGGGGUGGAGGGUUUGAUCUCCACCGUCGGGAGCUUGGCGGCGACUGGA